AUGUCUCUGAAACAGGAAAUCGAAACCUGGGUGCUGGCCCUCGAACAUUAUGACAGCCAGGAGUUUGACGAAGCGCUGCGUGUCUUUACGGCCAUUGCCGAUACGUCCAAGAUCUGUUUCAACUGCGGUGUGAUCUAUGCCACCCUGGGUGAGCAUGAAAAGGCGGUCGAGUGUUACCAGCGUGCCGUCAGUCUAGACCAGUAUCUUGCCAUCGCCUACUUUCAAGAGGGGGUGUCCAACUUUUUGCUGGGCGACUUCGAAGAAGCGCUGGCCAAUUUUAACGACACCUUGCUCUACCUGCGUGGCAACACCUCCAUCGAUUAUGAGCAGCUGGGCCUGAGGUUUCGCCUGUUCUCCUGUGAGGUCCUCUUCAACCGCGGUCUGUGUUACAUAUACCUGCGGCAGAUGGCCCCGGGUAUGCAGGAUCUCGAGUACGCAGCCAAGGAGAAAGUUACGCCGGAUCAUGGAGUCAUCGACGAUGCCAUUCGAGAACGAGCCGAGGGUUACACGGUUUUCUCAAUCCCGGUUGGGGUUGUCUAUCGGCCUAACGAGGCGAAAGUCAAGAAUCUCAAGACCAAAGAUUACCUGGGUAAAGCAAGGCUGAUUGCUGCUUCGGACCGCAGUAGUACACCCACCGGUCAUAAACGAACCCAGUCAGCGUUGGAUAACCGGGUAGGUGAGGUUCCCCCGCACAUUGCGGCCCAGCUGGCACAGAAGCCGGCGGCGGGUCGGAGUCGUCAGCAUUCCGAGCCGCCGCUCAAUCGCAACCUAUUUCCCCCUACGCCUCCGCCAGACCCAGACAAGGCGAGUACUGGUAGUUCCGGCGCCAGUCUCAGUCGACCAGGGUCUGUUCGCGCAGCACGACCGCCGCGGCUUGACCUCGAUCGGCCGGGGGCCCAUAUAACCGGUCGAAAUGGUAUGGACCCCGCGCCGACGGAAAAGCCUCGGAUUGGGACCACUCGGACGGCCUCUGAACCGCGAGGCCCCUCCUCUCGUCCCUACUCGCGCGGGUUCCCCAGCGGACCCGAGCCGACGCGGGGCCGACAAAUCAGCCACCGCCGGGGAGGGAGCGAUACUACCAAUUUUCCGGUAGGAGCACCUCAAACGCACGCGGACGACGGGCACGGCUCGUAUCCUCGGGCGCCGGCCAAUGGGGGGCGGCGCGGGGUCCCUCGGCGGCAAGAGCGGUUCAUUGACGAGGAAGAGGAAUAUGCUAGCGAGGCUUACGAGGAGGACGGAGCGGCAGAUGAUGGUUUCGAGCUGGUUGGCACGCGGUCACGGCCACGGUCCCCGGCUCGGAACUCGAGGCGUGCCGCCUCACGCCGGCCAGAGGUGCGCAAAUUCCGAGCCAAGGUGCACGCGCAUGAAGAUACCCGGUACAUCAUGAUUGGACCAGUGGUGGAAUAUAGCGAGUUUGAGAAAAAGAUUCGCGAGAAGUUCGGGUUCAAUUCUCUUCUAAAGAUCAAGAUGCAGGACGAAGGAGACAUGAUCACCAUGGUGGAUCAGGAGGACUUGGAUCUGCUGGUGAGUUCUGCGCGGGAGACCGCUCGACGAGAGGGGAGUGAGAUGGGGAAAAUGGAGAUCUGGGUAGAAGAGCGCACGAUGAUUUGA